AUGACCGGAGCCAGGUCAUGUGACUGGUGACUGGAGAGUCCGUCAGCUGUCAGGAAGCUGCGCUCAGGGUCCUGGAGCGGGACGUGAUGUCCGCCGAGCAGCUGCCGCCGCAAUAGAGGAAGGGAGGAGGGCAACACUAUGGGCGACACUACCUCCAUAGCCCUGCUGGUGAUCUACCUGCUGAGCGUGGGCAGCGGUGCCCCCCUCGCCCAGGUAGCCCCAGUCAUCGCGAUGGAGCAGUUGCUGUGGGUCAGCGGACGAAUGAUUGGGGAGGUGGACACGUACCGCAUCCCCCUGAUCACCUACACCCCCCGGGGGCAUCUCCUGGCAUUUUCGGAAGCCCGGAAACAUUCCGCCUCUGACUUGGGGGCAAAGUUCAUCGCCACGCGGCGCUCACAGGAUGGCGGUUACACCUGGGGUCCAACCUCCUUCAUCGUGGACGAUGGGACGGCCUCGGACGGCCUCAAUCUCGGCGCUGUGGUGGUGGAUGACGAGACCAAGAACAUAUUCUUGGUCUACACGUUGUGCGCCCACUACCUCCAGUGCGGGGUCUCCAGCGUCAUGGUGACCAACAGCUCGGAUGAUGGCAUCACCUGGAGCAAUCCAAGGAACAUCUCCCGAGAGAUUGGCACCAAAAUGUUUUCUCCCGGUCCAGGAUAUGGCAUCCAGAAAAAGUUUGCCCCCAUGAAGGGGCGUCUCAUUGUCUGCGGUCAUGGGACACUGGACGAGGACGGGAUCUUCUGUCUUUUAAGCGACGACCAUGGGAACAGCUGGAAAAAGGGGGGAAAUUUGGAGGGGCUGCCAUUCAAGCAACAGAAGAGGCAAGGGGACUUCAGCCCGGAUGAGUGUCAGCCCUAUGAGCUCCCAGAUGGCACCGUGGUGAUAAACGCCCGCAACCAGUACUACUAUCACUGCCACUGCCGCAUUGUGGCCUUCUCCAUGGACGGCUGUGACACUCUUCCUCUGGAAAAUGUCCGCUUCGACGAGGGCUUGCCAGACCCAGCGGUGGCAGCCGGCGCGUUAUACAAAGGCGGCAUCACCUACUUUGUCAACCCAGCCAGUCAGGCGCAUAGAGUCAAUCUCACUCUACGUUGGAGUUUCAACUCUGGGGACUCUUGGGAGCAGGACUCCAUCCAAAUCUGGCCGGGACCCAGCGGCUACUCAAGCCUCACCACCCUGUCCCGUCACCUGGAGGACAACGAGAACAUCUUUAUCAUCUACGAGAAAGGAAGACGAGACAUCACAGAGUCCAUCGCCGUGGUGAAGGUCAACCUAUACGGCAACAUCUGAGAUGAAUGGACUCUUUGGGUCAUCAGAGUCCUCUUUGUACACUCAUUAAAGGGACUGUCCACUUUAAUAAUCACUUUUUUAGAUGGCCUGUUAUCAAACAUGGAGGUCCAGCUUUCAAGACCUCCGUUAAUUAGCCACAGCUCCUACAAAGAUGCCUCUUGGAGGACCACCAUUGCAUUGGAGGUGUUGUGAGAUAUUCAAGUAGUUCCCCUGAUGGAGUGGAGAUCCCGUUGAAGUGGACAGUCCCUUUAAGCUCUUAAAGGAAUUUUCCACCAAAGACUUUUAUGGCGUAUAAAGUAAACUGUUGGGGAUCUGGUCGUCAGGACCCCCCUGCUGAUUAGGAGAACUAGACUGCCAGGUACCUGUUCCUGGUGCCCAGUUGUCAAAGUCUUUGGUGAGAAGACCCCUUAAAUUGGUUCACUGGUUAAGGCCUCUUUCACACGACCGUAUGGCUUUUUCAGUGUUUUGCGAGCAGUUUUUUCCGGAUCCGUUUUUCCGUAUGACCUAUACAGUAAUUACAUAGAAAAAAUUGGGCUGGGCAUAAAAUUUUCAAUAGAUCGUUCCGCAAACACAGAACUGAUACGGAAGACGUAAGGAUACAUUUCCGUAUAUGUUCCGUUUUUUUUUUUUUUCGCAAACCCAUUGACUUGAAUGGAGCCAGGAAACGUGAUUUGCGGGCAUUAAUAGGACAUGUUCUAUCUCUAAACGGAAUGCAUAUGGAACACAUUCAGUUUUUUUGGAGGAACCAUUGAAAUGAAUGGUACUGUAUACGGAACGGAAAAAACGGGCCGUAAACGUGUGAAAGAAGGCCUAAAUCUGGACUUUUAUUUUAUUAAUCAGUCUUUCUCCAGUUUUACAGCUUAUUUCCGGCACUAAGCGCUUAUUUCCAGUUUGGAUGCGGGCUAAAAAAAAAUUGAAAAUACGUAUGAACGUUGAUUUCUGGUCACCUUCGCGGAAUUUUUUUUUUUAAACCAUUUGAUUUGAGGUAAAAAUGGACACAAUGUAACUGCAGAAAUCAGUUCACAGAUAAGAGUUUUGCAGAGAUGUAGCCGCGCUGAGUUUGUCAUUUAGCACUUUGUGAUGAUUGAGGUUUUUCAUAGCUAUGGUAGAACAUCCUACUGCAAUACUUUGCCUCUUGAGGGUUAUCAAGAUCUACCUGCAGUGCAGCAUACACAUUGGGCUCUGCUACAUCUUUAUCGACGGUGAAUAGAUAUUAUUUUCUAUGGUGGGGGGCUUAUAUACCGCAUAGGACAUUAGAGAGACUGUCACAGCACAAUUCUUCGGCGUAGCUAGGUGACCUUGCCACUCGGGACUCAGCCCCCUAGAUGGAUGGUUACCCAGUGUCCUCAGAGACACAUACUGGUCUCCAGCCGAUGGCCACCCAUAAGCACAUCCUGACGUCCUCGACCACUGCGUUAUAUGGGGAAGUCCAGAAUUAGAAGAACAUGGCUGCUUUCUUCCAGUGUCACACUUCUGCUCCCUUUAAGUGAAUAGGACUAACCUGCAAUACCACACUCAGCCUGUGGACAGGUGUGGCGCUGUUUCUGGGGGGAAAGCAGUCCUUUCUCUAAUCCUGGACAACCCCUUAUUAUAAAUGUUUACAGGUCGUAUGUUGGAGAUUAUUGAAUGGAUUUCUCAUCUCAUAAACCAAAAAAAUCCACAUCAAUUUGUAAUUAAUAAAUUAUUUUUGGAAUUUA